CUUCUUCACAGUGUUUACCAGAAGCUCAAAACGCCGGCAGGGCAAUCGACUACUACUUCAAGUGCACACAGUGCACACCACUGGUGAGCACUUCUCCCGAUUACUAACUGCAAGUCAGUCUAAACUGAGCGGUUUUGAGCUCCUCCUCGACGGGUGCUCAGCGCCAUGAAGCUGAUGCUGGUUCUAGUGCUUCCGCGUAGCAUCCUCCUCAUCGAGGCGAUCAUCAACAAGUCGUCGUCGGUCCCUUUGCUCUGAGCAGAAUCUCCGAUGGCAGAUUCUCGGAUUUGCUGGCUGUCAGUUGUUGCAAUUGGCAGACCGUGACAAGGUGACCAACAAGAAUUCAAGAAGUGGUGCUGUGUUCUUUUCGAUGGUGUGAAAAAAAAGAAUCUCGGCGAAGGGAGCGAGUCGAAUCUUCAAAGUUUUUUCCUGCAAAAGUUGCUCAACCUUAGUUCCGUAACCAGCUUCCACGUGCAAUAUUCCACAACAAAAAGAUAAAAUCAUGGUGCAGGUUAAGACGUUCCGGGUCGUCGGUUACGUGUACGCAGCCCUAAACAUCAUCAUGUCCAUCACCGAGGCCAUCAUCUGCCUGGGGUCGUUCGGAAGUGAGUAUGAAAAUAACACCGUCCUUGCGCUCAAGUCGAUCUUUGCGCUGUUUUGUUUUGCGUUUGCAAUUAUGCUGGUGAUUGGCAUCAAAAGGGAGAAAAUCGAGUACAUCAUCGUGUAUCGGAUAUUCGUCAUCUUCCGCAGCAUUUGUGGCCUCGUGUACAUGGUCAUCAACUCGCUCAUCCUGAUCGUGGACAACGGAAACGACCCGUCCACCGGGAAGGUCCUGCUCGGGGUGUUCCUGCUGGCGCUGGCAAUUGUCCUGCUGUUGUCCGUGUUCGCGUUCGAGCUGUGGGUCCUGGAGGGCAUCAAGCGCUACGUCGAGCAGCCGGAGACGGAGAUCGUGAAGGUGCCGUCGGUGACCCAAGUCUAGCCAAAAUCAUCCACGCUGCUACUGCCCCCAAGUGAAGACACCAACCCCUAGCACAUAAUCGAAACCAAACAAAAAAAAAUAACGCGAAAAACCAAGCAUCGAUCUAAGCGCACUUAACUGAAUGUUAGAAAAAAUGGCACAAACACACACAUAAAACACGCAAUUUUUUAAUAGAAGAGUUUAAAAGCGUUUCCGAUAAGCAAUAAAGAAUAACUAACUUUUGUCCAGUUCUUAA